GCAGGCGCGGCCUGGUGCCUCCGGGCGCGGCUGCCGCUGCAGCUCGUCGGGCUAGGGGCGAUGCGCGGCUCCAGCUGGACAUGGAGCUGCAGGCGCAGAUGGCCACGCACAUUUUGGACAGUGCCAAGCGACAGGUGGACGUGAUGGGGGAGGGGCAGGAAGGCCCGCGCAAGAAGUCGCCAAGAUUUCGCUGGGAUCAGUGGCUUCCUCGGACAAUGCUCCGCGCAGUGUUCAGCAAAGAGAAUCUGCGGAUGGCUGCUAGCAGCGUCGCCAAGGUUUUCAGAGGCAACGGAAUCAAAGGCAGCCAUCUUUUCGCUCGCCAAUUGAGAUCGGCUUUGGCGGAGCUUUAUUGCGACAGCCAACGUGUUCAAAUAGAGCGCCAAGUGCUCAGAGCGCCUGGGACAGAACACAAUUGGUUGGUUAUGCAUCUGCAGUGGGACGAAACCAAGUUCACUGUGCAGCUGAACGACGGCAAGCCUCCUUGUGGGCAGCAAGUGAUGACACAGCACGGCGUGUUGCAUUGGGAAGACGAGGACCUCCGCGUCCACAGCCAAGAGCUUAUCUUCCCACCGUCCGUGCUGGAAUCUGCAACCGCCGACUGCAUGCUCGGAGGCCUCGCGCGGGCGUUGCGCGUGGAUAUGGAUGAGCUCUGGCCGUCGGCGCUGCUGGCGUGCUUGUCCCCGAGCGUCGAUUCUGUGGCCGCAAACGGGCUGGUGUGCAAAUAUUUGCUGCAGACGUUGCCCUGGUGGGUCCUCCUGUUGCCUUCUUUUUGUUUGCAGCAUCAAACCGCAAUAUGUUUGCAGUCGGUCGGGGACAUGACGGGGGUCGUCGGCGGCAUGUUUUCCACUGUCAGACACUUGCAAACAGGGGUCAACUUGCGGGCCCUCGAGACAGCUCUGCGGCAAAUCCUGUCGGACGAGGAGGCUGGUCUGGAGGUGCGGCGGGGCGCGCCGAAUCCAGCGGGCAGGGGGAAGCUCGACGCGCUGCUCGGGUAUUGCGACCGCCAGAUGGAUGAGGACGUGGAGGACGAGGAGGUGACAGCGGCGCGCGGCCAACGUAGAGGCCUCACCAAGCCAGAGGUCGACUUGAUCAAGGAGAUGUUCACCGGCGACAUGUCUCAAGAGAGGCCUGUGCACCAUUGCAGGGGCCGCGACUGCUGCGCGAACAGGCAGGAGUCUGUCGACAGAGCGGUGGCGGCGGUGAUGGUUCCUUUGCGCAGGCGUUUGGCAGUGCCCGCGUUGAACCGCUGGAACACUGUGCAUCCCACCGCGUGCGUCAUGCUGCUGUUGAUCUCCUUGCAUGGAUUGCUGCCGUGUGCGCUCGAGAAGACGUGCGGCGCUGCUGCGCGCGCCAUGCGGCGGGAAGAUGGCGGCCUCGAGAGCGGCAGCGGCGCAGCGGGCCUGGGGGAUUUCAGGCGUGAACAGCGUGUUCGCACCGUCAAGAUGAUGAGGUUUCUCUCCGAUCUACUUGCGCGGCAACGGCUGGUCCUGUGGGUGGCCGUGGCCGCCGUGGGGGUGCGAUUUCAUUACGCAUGUUUCAAACGUGGGUCUUUGCAUGGCUGGCUCGACCCCAAGGGGUCUGCGCUGUCGUCAUUCUGCAAGAGCGUCGUCUUUGACACGCUCGCUCAGCUGAGCUCAGCCUUUGACCCCGCUGCAGCUGGACAUUACGAUUUGUGGAGAUUGCCGCUUGCCCUGCACGGCCCCCUCGCGUCCUGGCCCGGCGAGGUCCUCCGCGAAGCAGACGCCAUCGUCCACGUAUUCACUGGGUCCUUUUAUCGUCGUUUCGACAUUCGUUUGAGCGGUUACCCAUGGAGGCUCAUGCGGCUCGUGGACGCCUCCCUGGACAUGGGGGCCCGCCGCGCAGAAGGCGAAGAACUCUUUCGGGCAAACGAGUGUUGCCUGGACUCGGGGUUCUCCUUGAGGCUGAGGAAGAUGUGCACCACGGGCGUUGACGACCUUUUCCUGCCAGAGGUGCAGCGCUUUCUCUCCGCGUGCUUUAGGGCCCACCUCCAGACGAUGAACAACAGACCUCCGAACGCCGCGACGCUCUCCGCCAAGCACGUGAUCUCCGAGGUUGUUCGCUGUCACGAAGAGGGGCGGAGAAUGCGCCGCGGGCGCGACUUGCGCACCAAGCGGGGCCGACUCCUGCAGAAGAGCGGCCACUCGAAACCGAUCUGGGCCCAAGGCAAAGGAGGCAACCAGCGGCGCAAGAGGUUGGGCCAUUAUAUGUUUUACCACCGUCGCGUGGCUGAUCUGCGAGAUUCGCAGCCGCGGGCGCCAUGGGCAGACCCGAGGGAGUACGAGCGGCGUCUGUAUCUACAGGCGGCCGCGGACUGGCGGGCUGCAUCCGAGGCCGAGAGGCGAAGCUGGAGAGAGGCGGCUCGGCGCGCGAACAAGGCUGAGAGGAUGAAGCCAGACCCGCUGCACGAGUAUUUGCGCAUCUGUCGCGACCACGUUGACCAGUCGGACGAAGCUGCUUGGCCUUGGGGUCUCGGCUCAGACGUGUUCCCCUUGUCCGAGGACCUUGUCUCCGCAGCCGUGCAAGCACAUGUCGAUGCGAAGCUGAAGAGGGGAUCCUUCGUGGAAGCCACGGCCGUGUCGUUUGACGAAAUGUACAAUGCUGCUGUGGCGCCUCCAGGACUCAUUCGCUGCGGCCUCCCAACUGAGCGGCCUUGCUGCACGCGCGCGGCAGAAUGCCUUGGCGGCGUCGCCGACUUGCGGGGGGAGUACCAAGGCGUAGUGGAAGAUUUGCGGUUGUUGGUGGCCCCUGCGAGGUGCAAGACUGUCGGGAAGAUGCUGGCCCCCCAAGUUUCAGGGCCUGGAGGCUGUGUGAUGAUUCGCAACUUCUCGCACUUGAAAAGUCCUAUUUUCACGGGGGAGUUCUGCGAGUGCGACGCGGUGGGGCAGCCAUGCGGGCUCGGCGCGGCGCCCCCCGAGGUGCCAUUCUCUCUGCGCCGGUGUUGGGUGGAGAGGAAGGGCCGCAGAGUGUUGAAGAUGAUGACUGAGAUCGACGUCGCCCUCCACAUCUUACGCGUGUGCGGGCGCGACCGGGCUGAGCUGCGCUGGGUCGAACUUCUUGCGCGCCCGCGCAUGGGUUGCUCAGAGCUGCAGCAUUCGGUCGAUUGGGCGGAGGAGCGGGACUUACACGAGGCACGCCUCCACGAGAAGGACGUUGACCUGGCGACGGGCUGGUUCCAGGCGUUCGCCGACUCCCGCCCUGGCGGGGCUUCCGCCGACGGGGGGGGCAGCGGCGCGCGUGGCGGGGAUGAGGAGCCUGACUACGCGAAGGAUUGGAAGGCCGCUUGGGAGGCCGCCGCCGCCUGGCGGCAGAGAGGUCGCGGGGCGCAGGGUGCAGCAGAAGGCGCGCCAGCGGAGGCGCCUCCCGCAGCAGCGCCGGACGCCGCUCUGGCGCACGGGCCGCUGGGCGGCCACGCUGCGGCGGCGGCGCCGCCGCCGCCCCCCGCGGGCGCGCCGAGGCGCCCGCGCGUCGCCCGAUACCCGCAGCUCCCACAUCCCGCUGGGGCUGGCCGUCCUCACUACAUUCGCCUUGUCGAGAACGAGGCCCUCGCCGUCUACGACAUGCGCGCCGUCUGUGGCCUCCAUCCAGGCUGUUCAUGGAACCAGCAAUCGAGGGUCAGACCAUUGGCCGCUUUGUGGUGGUGGUUGGGGGAGGCCCCUGGAUGCGGGAGCAAGGCAGACCAUAAACAAAAGGUGCCCACGCCAGCGCAGAUCGCCGCUGCUCGCGCGGUCCUCGAGGGCAUGCCCGAGAGCCAGCUUUGGAGGGACUCGGAGGAGAGCGCCUCGCUGCCCGCCGCCGCGCCCGCCCCCUCGCUCCCCGCGAUGUCCCGCGCGGAGACGGUGAAGGCAUCGCCUUCCGACACCGACGGGGAGACGGAGAAAGCGCCGUCUCUGGCCUCGGGGUUGCGGCGGGGCCGCAUGCUGCACGGCCUCGAGGUCGCCUUCGCGGUGGUUGGCCAGUGGGCUGGCUAUCUGGUGAAACCUUUCAACAAGAAGGAUGGUUCCAGCUUCACGCGCGGUCUCUGCGCCCACGAGAGCACGGACCCGAGCCCGUAUCCCCAGGCGAGUAACGAGGACGAGUUCGGCGGAUACUGGCCGUGGAAGUACCGCACCGACCAUGGCAGCAUGAUCCGCCAGGCCACGGGCUAUUUGUGCCUGGUUUGCAAGGCCCUGUUGCGCAAGAAGGCGGUGCUCUUGGACCCCCACUUGCCUGGCGGCGAGAAGAAGCCGCUGAAGGAGUACAUCAAGUGGGUGCGCCAGGAUGCGGGCCGGGCGCAGACCGUGCGGCUCAAGGUGGAUGCGUGCGUCCAGAGCCAGGCGGGGAAGGACCCAGAGAAGCGCCGCCGCAUGUCCAGGCAGGCCGCGGGAGACAUCCAGCAGGCUCGCCAGGUAUCUUCCGUCAAGGUCUCCGGGCGUCGCCUGUCUGCGAACUGGCAUCAAGCCUGCCCCGUGAGCAAGUGGCACGAGGCUUUCCCUGAGACGCCGCUGCCCACGGACCCGAAUUGUCGCGGCGAGGAGCUCAUCGACGGCGCCUGGCAGGAGGUUGUAUAUGUCAUGAAGGACGGCGCGAAGAAGUUCUUGUACGACAUCGCGGACUACGACGAUCGCAAGGUGGAGGACAGGACGGUGCUGGCGACUGUGGCCGAGUCAGACGACGACGCGGACGCGGCUGAGGUUGCGGCUGCUGCCGAGGCCGCCGUGGCCCCAAUUGCAGCCCUGCGGCGCGCCACGCAGUGCGCGGAGAUCGGUGCAGCAGAGAGCGCGCCGUCGGAGGGGCACCAGUCCGACUCUCCCGCGAGCGACGAGGACGCCGAAGAGACGGAUCUCGUGGCCGCGGCGCUGUCGGGCCCGCGGGGCACGGCCCGCGCCGCCAAGCCCGCGCCCAAGGCUGCGACCAAGCCGCAGGCCAGACCACCAGCCCAGACGACCGGGAGGGCCACGUCCGGGCGCCCCGCCCAGACAGCCGAGAGGCCUGCCGCCAAAGGGGCUGCCACGCCCGCAGCCGCUGCCCCUUCGAAGUGCGCCGCGCCCUCGGCGCAGGCGCCGCCGCAGAGGUCAGCCGCCCGCGCCCCUGCUCAGACGGCCGCGCCCUCGGCGCAGCCAGCCGACGGCAGCGGCGCCAGUCCGCCCUUGGCGACCCCGCAGCGCUCGGGCCGGAGCCAGCCAGGGAAGAAGCGUGGCAGCGGCGGUUCGUGGGCCGCGCCCCUGCUCGCCCAGCCGCCCGACGACUCCGACGAGGGCGGCGGGCAGCCGGACGAGCCAGCACCUCUCGAGGACGGCUCCGCGUCGAAGAAGAGGGGGCGGAAGGCCCUCGAAUUCAGCCUCACAGCGGCCGGCAGGAAACUCAAGGGCGAGGCCGACACGCUCUUCAACACGUUCCGGGAGUGUUACAAAUUGCUCGACUUCAGCGGAGAUGUGGACCUGUCCACGAAGGAGGGGAGAGCCCACUUCAAGGCCACGGCUUUUGAGCAGGCGGCAGCCGCAGAGAGCGCCAUCCACACGGCCAAGAAGGCAGCGGCCAAGAUGGGGAAGAUCCCGGAUGACGGCGCGCAGGCGCUGCAGAUCAACAAGGCGUGGCUGGCGCGCUCAGAGGAGGCGCUGGCCGCGGCAGUGCGGGUCGUCAAGGCUGCUGUGAGCGAGAAGCCAGGGAACACCGAGACUCUCCUGAAAGACACCGAGAUCGCCGCGGCGGAGGACAUCGCGUUCGGCGUGGCGUACCACAUGCGGUUCAGGAGCUGGAAGGCAGACGAGGCCAUCAAGCGCUGCGAUUGGUUACAGCUGAUGUCCCUGUUGGAAAGCGGUGCCGCAGAUGGCGCGCCCUCGGCAGAUCUCGCGACGACGACCCUCGAGCGAGUCGGCACGGGCCUGAUUUCGGCCGUCGCGAAGUCGGACGCCAAGAAGGGGGGCGGAUCGUUUGCUGCCGUGGUUGCCUUCGCUGGCGCCGCGCGGGAUGCUCUCCAGCGGGCCCCCGCCGACCCUGCGCGGCCAGUGUGGGAGGAGGAGCUGAAGGGUCAAAUCCAAGUUCUCUGGGCAGUGUCGCGCGCGAGCACUGCCCCGCUGACUGAGGUGGAGGAGGCGCUGGAGGCGCUCCCGCAGCUGGAGGGGGCCUUGGGCGUCGCUUUGAACACGAGCCCGGGCGGCAAAGUCCUCGUUGGUUGGGCGGAGUCGGCCAUGAAGAAGCGGUCCCACGAGGAGGCUGCUCUCCAGUGCGCCCAGGCAGCCCGGGAGCUCUCCGCGCAGGUGUCGCGCGCCUGCAAGAAGCAGAAGGAGGCCGCGUCCAAGGCGGGCGCGCUGCAGGAGGCCGACCGGCACCAACUCGCCAGGGAAGGCACGGCGUUCGAGGACGUGGUCUUCGGGUUGCUCUUGCGCUCGCCCCGCGAGGAGGAGCUCCUGACUGCCGCGUGCGUCGAGCGGCUGGAGUUGGAGCACGGCUGGUCGACCGUCGAGGAGUGGGCGCCUGAUGGCAUCAAGGGCCCCCACGAGACCGCCUUCGGGGCAUUGAAGAAGAUCGCCGACAUCGCCGCGUGCAGCCGUCUCGACGUACCUGGGAUGAAGCAGCCAGUGAAGACAGCCAAUCGGUUGUGCGACCUCUUGAAGGAGAGCCCCGAGGCGUUGUUGAAGGUCUCUGGCGUGACAGUGUCUGCGGAAGACAACGUAGAGGGGCUGCAGUCGCUGUUCUCCCUCGCGCUGGGCACGGCGGCGCGCGUGCGCAGGGCCUUGGGCCACGGCGUUCUGGCCAGAGCCAAGGGCGCAGCAGAACAGUCUCUGAAGCGCGUGGACUCGGCGGCGUGGCAACGGAAGGAAUUGCAGGCCUUCUUGAAUAUCUCCAAGCUGCUGAGCGCGGAGCCGCCCGAGGACACCUGGAAGGAAGCGGACAUGUGGCUGUGCAGCGUCGCGGCCGUCGCCGACGCCAAGGAGCUUGCCGAGCAGGCCGGGGGCGAGCUGAACCUGGAGCUGUGGGAGAACGCGAGCGACGCCGUGCGCCAGCUCGGGGACAUCGGGGACAUGGUGCAGCCGGAGCGCGCCUUCCAGACGGUCAUCGCGAAGACUUUCGACGCUUCUCUGGAAGAUGUGGAGGCAGCAGUGGGGGCCAGCAAGGAGCUGCACGCGCAGGCCGUGCCAUGGCUGGAGAAAGUCGCGCAGGAGCGGGCUGAACGCUCCGUCAAGCGGUUCGACGCCGAGCCAGCCGUGCGCGCCGCGAAGGAGCUUCUUGAGAGGAGCCCCAUCCCCGAGACGCUGCAGGAAGCGGCCGAGUUCUUAAAGGUUGUCGGUGGCACCGUGGACAUGCCGGAGACCUUCGGCGGCAAGGGUGGGAAGAUGGUUGAUGCUGUCAACAAGGUGAUCGGUGGCUUCUCUCUCAUAAAGGAGGUGUACCGCGACCCCCAUCUUGAGUCGCAGGUGGACUCCAUGACGUCACAGUUGCGACAGCGGCUCUUCCUGGUCGCCUGGUGCGCGAACGUGACGUCGUCGAUUUGGGAGGCGAAAGGCCAGUCGAGGAUUCUGACCCAGCAGAAGCAGAAGGUCCGCGAUGCCAUGAAGAACCUCAUCAGCGUCGCAGAGGAGUCUGACAAGACGAAGGAGGAGUUUCCCGCGCUCGAGGGCCGCCUGAUCCCCGAGAUCCCUCUGAACGCGGGGAAGGCGAUCCUCGCCGGCCGCGCAGUGAGCGGGGAGAGCGAGGCGGAGGGCGCCAGCGGUGCAGCAGACAGCGCGCCUGGGAGCGGGGCCGGCGGCACUGACCAGAAAGGGUGCGCCCGGGCUGCGCCCGGGGCCGCCAAGAGGGCCAGGGUGGGCGACGCGGCGUCGUUUCCAAAGGCGACGCCGCAUUCCCCAGCGGUUCUGGCGGCGAAGAGAGCCAGCAUUGGCGGCGCCCCUGUGUGCAAGUCCGCGCGCAAGGCCGCGUAG